AGGAGUUCCCGGCUUUCUGCUUCCUUUGGGUUCAAAGAGAGUCCCAAAAUGAAACCAUCUCAUGGUUAAAAACCAGGAAUCUGGUAGCACCUUUUCCAGCUAAUAAAUGCUAUUAAAAGGCAUAAACUUUUGUAUGCUAAUGCAAGCUAAUUAGCUAAUAAAAAGCUAUUACCUUUUAAUAAAAUUUGCUGGCUGGAAAAGAUGCUACCCCACUCCUAAUUUUUUGGCUACCAUGGAUUAACUUGGUUCUCCUUCUACAAGAUCCUUGGCUGGAUUGCAAUGAAAGAAAGUGUUUUGUAGUAGAGACAUUGAUUUCUACACCAUAUUAAUUACAUUUUAUGUUCAGAAAAACUGGAUUCUUCCACCAGUUCAUUCCAUAUGAUGAUCCUACAAGUUUCUGCUGUUUGCACAAUUCAUUGUUUUUUCAGGACAGAAGUCACCGUGAUAACCUUAUUAUUCAUGAAUUUGUGUAAACUCUUUUAAAGGUCAGAAUUGUCCCCAUAGCUUGUGGAAGGAAAUUCCAUAUUUAUAUUGUUUUAAAUUAUGAUUGCCACCUUUGGGGAAAGAGGUUGCAUAUAGAUAUUAGGAAAGAUUUAUUCCAGCUCCCUGGUAAUUUUACUUCUCCCUUGUUUUCUGUUUUUUAAUAUCCUUUUUGAAAUGAUAUCAUUAUUAUUAUCAUCUCACCUUCAUUUUUGGCCAACUCUAGGUGACGUACCUUGGCUAACAACUCAUUAGAACACAUAUCAAAAGCAAUAUGAACAAAAGCAUAAAACCCUUUUUCUUUUUAAUGAGAGCAUACCCAAUAAACACUUCACAGUAACAGUUAAUUUCACGGGACAUCUAACCUCCCAACUGCCAUACUCUGGAGCACAUCCAGAUCUUCAGCGCUUUGUGAAAGGCUGGCAGGAUCAGGGCCAAUCUAAUCUUGGAGUUAUGGUGUUCCAGAGGGCAGGACAGAAAAGGCCCGCUUCCAAGGUCCCAUUAGAUGGCAUUUUUAAUUGAGGGGACCAAGAGUGUACCCCUCUUGUGGGAUGGGUAGAAACAACUGGGGAGAUAUGGUCCUGAACCAACCUGAUCCCAUGGCAUGAAAGGCUUCAUAGGUGGCAGUUAAAUUCCACCCAGAAGCACACUGGGAAUCAAUGCACUUUGUGGAGAACAGGUAUAACAUGGGCUUACCAAGGUGCACCCAUAACUGUCGGUGCUGCUGAAUUCUGACUGGUUGCAGCUUCCAGAUGAUCUUCAAGGGCAGCCCCAAACAGAGCACAAUGCAGUAAUCCACUUGGGAAAUGACUGACGUGUGGGUAACUGCGAACUGGUCCAGAAGAGGAUGCAACUGGAGAACAAAAUGAAAUUGUGCGAAAGCCCUCCUGGCCAUGGACACCACCUGCUUUUCAGACAGGAACCGUUUGGCAUGUACAUCCCCUUCCUGCAGCUGAACUGCGAUUUUCGCAAGACCAGCCUCUUCUCUCCUGUGGCCAGCAUUGGCCCUCGGGACACAGGGGAUGUCAGCUUGAGGGGAAAGGACUACCUCUCUGUUCUCAAGGAGACCUGGAAGCAGCACACUCGGCAGCUCUACAGCAUGGAGACAAUGCCCACCCACGCCUGCUGCCUCUCCCCGGAUCUGAUCCGCAACGAAGUGGAGUAUCUGAAGGUGGAUUUCAACUGGCGCAUGAAGGAGGUGCUGCUGAGCUCCAUGCUCAGCGCCUAUUACGUGGCCUUUGUGCCAGUGUGGUUUGUGAAGAGCACUCAGUAUUAUGACAAGCAGUGGUCUUGUGAGUUGUUCCUCUUGGUCUCCAUCAGCACAUCCGUCAUCCUCAUGCAGCACCUACUGCCUGCCCGCUACUGUGACCUCCUGCAUAAGGCCGCAGCACAUCUGGGUUGUUGGCAGAAGGUUGAUCCAUCCCUUUGCUCCAAUGUGCUGCAGCAUCAGUGGACGGAGGAAUGUCUGUGGCCGCAGGGGGUGCUGGUAAAACACAGCAAAAAUGUCUACAAAGCAGUGGGCCACUCCAAUGUGGCGGUGCCUUCAGAUGUCUCCCACUUCCGCUUUCAUUUCUUCUUCAGCAAGCCGCUGCGGAUCUUGAACAUCCUGCUUCUCCUCGAGGGGGCCGUCAUCUUCUAUCAGCUCUACUCGCUGAUCGUCUCAGAGAAGUGGCAUCAGACCAUCUCGCUGGCCCUGAUCCUCUUCAGCAACUACUAUGCUUUCUUCAAACUCCUACGGGACCGGCUGGUGCUGGGGAAAGCUUACUCGUACUCAGCCACCAGAGAGACCGAUCUGAAGCUGAACUGAGGGCAAGGCGCAGAAGGUAAUGGAGAGAAGCACCCUCAAGUGUGGUUGGGGGCCACCUGAGACUGCAUUUAGGGGCCCCUUGGCUCCCUGCACCGCCCUGCAGGAGAAGUGUUUCCUCACUGGGUCACGGAGCAUGUUGGAGCACGGGGCUUGAGAAUCAUGCAGUCAGGCCGGCCCUGAGCUUUGUAUGUCUUUUUUACCAUUUCGUUUGGUUUGGUUUUGCUUUGGUAAGGAAAAUAUCUUAUUUUUAUACUCUCAA